AACGCAUCCACUCUCUUCGUCAGUUAACUGAUGCUUUCUCCUCUCGCUCAACUCUUACCUACCAUGUCCACGUCCAUCUCCUUUCAGAUUCCUCCUUCCCUUCUCUUCCUCCAAUCUCCAACCCUAACUGUAAUUUACAUCACAAAUGUCACCACCCACAAAGCCCUUCGAAUCUCCAUUCCCCAAAAUCUCACUUUCUUCCCACUUUAUCCCCAAAAUUUGCUUCAAACUACAGUCAACUACCUUCUCCUCGAAACUCCAAAAGCCCAUCCUCUCCUUCAAAACUCUAAGCUCCCAUUCUUCAAUCCCACCAGAAAGCCCUAAAACCCUAACCCUAGUAUCUCUUCUCCGCGCAAUUCCCGACUGGGCUGACGGUGUAAAAGAGAGAGGAAUGCAGCAGAAACGCACUCUGUACAAUCACAAGAAAUGGGUCGAACACAGAAGUUCCCUUCGCCAUAUCCGCCACUUACUCUCAAGUCUACAAUCGCGAGUUAUAUUAUCAUUAAUUCCUCCAGUUAUUGCUUUUACUUCAGUGGCUGCAAUCAUAGCAAGCUAUAAUUCUGCAGUGGAGAUGCAUUUCUUGCCAGGUUUUUUCCCUGUUUUGAGGGCUUCUUCUCUGCCCUAUCAGUUAACGGCUCCGGCAUUGGCGCUGUUGCUGGUGUUUAGGACGGAGGCUUCUUAUUCAAGGUUUGAAGAGGGAAGAAAAGCCUGGACAAAGGUGAUUUCGGGUACUAAUGAUUUUGCUAGGCAGGUGAUUGCUACAGUUGACAAUUGCAGUGAUGCCUUCCUUAGAAAUGCUCUCUUGCAUUACAUUAUAGCGUUUCCAAUAGCACUCAAGUGCCAUGUAACUUAUGGUUCUGACAUUGAGAGAGACCUCAAGAAUUUACUUGAAGUAGAUGAUCUAGCAGUGGUACUCAAUUCUAGGCAUCGGCCUCGCUGCAUUAUUGAAUUCAUUUCCCAAAGCCUUCAAUUGCUCAACUUAGAGGAAUCAAAGAGAAAUUUGCUGGAGUCAAAGAUUCCAUGUUUGCAUGAAGGAAUUGGUGUGUGUGAACAACUCAUGGGAAUUCCUAUUCCACUCUCGUACACUCGCUUGACAUCAAGAUUUCUGGUCCUUUGGCAUCUAACUCUUCCGAUAAUACUAUGGGAUGAUUGCCACUGGAUUGUGGUACCUGCAACUUUUGUCAGUGCUGCUUCCUUGUUUUGCAUUGAAGAAGUUGGUGUUCUUAUAGAGGAGCCAUUUCCAAUGUUAGCCCUUGAUGAGCUUUGCAAUCUAGUUCACAGUAGUAUCCAGGAAGCACUUGCAGCUGAGAAGAUCAUUCAAACUCAACUUACUGCAAAAAGAAAGAUCCAUGCUUGCGAGCACUCGAAGAAUGGUUGGCCUAACUCAUAGUAGAGGGGAGUCUUAAACUUAAAAACUUGAUUCCAGAACAAAAUGCAUGUAAACUUCAGAGAUUUUGUAGUGCUUGGAAUUUUCUCAUCCUCUCUCAUAUGCCCUGUUAGUAGUUAGAUCAAGGAUUCAUAUGUAUACAUGGGAAGCAUUUCUACUUGAGAAAUCUUGUAUCCAAUGUGUUUGCUGUAUAUAGAACAGUGUCAUUGUAAAUGUAUUUGUAUAUAUUAGCCAUCUGGAUUUCUUUUGAAUAUACUCCAGAGUUUUU